AUGGAAGCCCACAUCAAACGGGUGCCAGCGCGCAGCUCCUCUCACCGGAGUUUCAGCACACCACGAGAGCCAGCCGCACCACCGCCCUCAUCGCCGCAUCACGCUUUGCUCUCAGCCCUCUCGCUGCAGCAGUCUCCACGAUCGCUGCCGCCACGUCCCCCACUCGCCCUGUCCCCGGCGAACAGUGCGUCUCGGCACCGUGACCGACAUCUCCAGCACCAACAACACACGCCGCCUGCCCAGCGCGCCCCGAGCACCGACAGCUCACCCUUAGCCUCCGGCACGCCCUCCUCAGCCCGCGCUCGCCGCUCCAGCACAUCGUCGACCGCAACGCGGCCGACUCCCAGCAGCGUCUCGUCGUCCGGCUCCUACUUCGGUCCGCACGCCCCCUCGAGCGCCGACGCCCGAUCUCCCGCGUCCCGGAAGCCUCCCGCCUCGCACAGCAGCCAUGGUAUUGAGACCUCGUACGGUCCGCCAAUUGCCCUGAUAACGCGACGACGAUCCACCACAUCCGACGUUGCGCGUCGCUCUCGCAGCCCUGCCGACGUCGCCCUUCUCCAGCCGCAAUCCGCGCCCUUUUCGACCACCGAGCCCGCGCCGGCCGCCAGCCACCACCAUACGCGCACCAGCAGCGACAGCACCGUCACUACACCCGUACAUCGCAGGAGGGCUUCCGUCAGGAUCAGGAGCCUCCCCAGUUCGCGCGCCUCGAGCCCCGAUCCGCAGACGCCCGCGCGCAGGAGUAGCUCAACGAGCCGCCGGAGUGCAAUGGCUAACAACAGCUUCUCCGACGGCCAAUCCGACUACGAUUUUGCGUACUCGCACCGCAGCAGGCCUGAUGACCGCAGCGGGGACUAUGUGCGCGACACGAAGGGUUCAAGUAGCGAAGACCUAUUUCUAAAUAUUGCGCAAGACAGCCCCCGCAACCAAGACGGGGAUGAUGAUACAGUCCGGCUUGAGCGAAGACGGUCGAGAAUCGCCCGCAUGAACAGGCAAUCCCUCCCCGCGAAUUCGCUGAAUUCGUCCGUCUCCCGGCCUACCAUCGACACCAGCAUUAAAACCCCUACCAUCCAGACGCGCAUUUCGCACAUUCGGCGCUCUUCGCAACUGCCCUCGCCGUCCUAUAACUCACCAUUGUCAGCGCGCGAGCCUCCUCCUACGUCUGUGACCGCGUCAUUCCCCGCCGAUGGUUCCCGUAUCCGUUCUUUUGGUAUGAGCUCAUCUGGCUCUUUUGGGUUCUCGCGAUCACGAGACCAAGAGGAAUCCCCCAAGGAUAGGAGAUCGUCCAUCCCGGACCCUGCUCGCGCUGCGACCGCAACGCGUGACGCGGCGGCCCGUGAGAGUAGAUACCGGUCAAGCAAUCUUACGUAUUCUUCUCGCUACAAUCAACCCACCAGUCAACCCACCACUCCGUUGGAAAAUUCGCCUGAAAUCCUCUCCAAACCCGAGCAGCAGUCACGUAACAGCGACGGCCACGACGGGUCUGAAUCGCUCGACUCCACCACUGCCACUUCCACCGUCUGGGACGAAUUGGAUGAACUCAAGUCCCGCAUCAAGAAACUGGAACUUACCGGAAAGAUGCCUCCGACAUCGGGAGCGGCCGUCACGAGCUAUACCGCCUCUGAAAGACCGCGGACUGCCACUACUCAAGCAACGUCUGUCACCGCUUCGCCUAAGCAGCAGAAGAAGUCGAGUGUCUCACCGCCAGAAACGACGGUGUCAGGUACAGUUGCAGGUGCCACGGGCUCCAGCCACCCUCUACUCCAUUCCGCCCUUGCAAAGUGCAGGGACACGAUGAGCCCUGCAUUUUAUCGCAUUUUGGAGGCGACUGCCACGGACGCGCUUGAGCUGGCCGCUAUGACCAACGGAGCUAACACGAGUUCCGCUGCCUCAAACAGUGGAGUGCAGACGGGCGAACGUCAACUUCGCAGGAAAGCGGACAACAUGUGCCGCAGCUUAACCGAAUUAUGCAUCGCCCUGUGCGACAACAACAACCAGAAUACGGCUCUUAAGUCGCCGAGCUUUGCACCUCCCAGCCGGAGACAAAGCGUGCAGAUGAAUGGAGAGCGCGAUAGGGACCGUGAGCGGGAGCGUGAACAGCUUCCGCCACGGGGUUCAAGCGCAGAACCCGACGAGAUGAGGAACAGCCCAAGCCGUGCUCUUAACCGCAUUGAAGCCCGCCGUACUAGCAUGCUCCUGUCCGGCAGCGGUGGCAACAGCCCGCGGGAUGGGCCAGAACGAGACAGGACCACCCCCACGCAGGGCAGCAGGUACCAGUCGUCGAGGACUGGCACUUCGCUUCUCAACGGCAGGCCCCGCCGCGCAACGGUCACAAACGAUGACCAGCCGGAGAUGGAGGAAGACACGCAAACUCUUCGUGUGCCCUCCCGGGCUAUGACUGAUUUCUCUCAGAACCGCCAAAGCCACAGCAGCCACAGCAACCGCAGUAACAGGCUGUCCAGGGAAUACACUUCCAACGUGCCUCUUCCUGAUGGCGCCUCGAUUGCGCUGCAGCACGCUACCUCGAUCAGGCGCCCGAACGGCGCUGUGCCGACCAUCGAUAGCCCGACCUCCCACGCUCCUUCGUCCGCCUUCCUCCGCGACCGCAGGUUCGAGCGAAACUCGACCAUUGAGAGCCCUCGCACUAGUGAUUUCGGCAGUGAGGAGCGGCGCCAAAGGUUGAGUUUCUACUCGAACUCUACUCCGCGGACGUCCGUUAGCGCGGCGCCAAAUGGCAUCGCCCGGACCGCGAGUUUGUCCCGGCGCCUGAGGCAGGAAACCUAA